AUGCUCCAAGUUCCAGUGCGGGAUCACACCAACGUGUCCUCCACCAAGGCCGUGAUCUUGGUGGGUGGUCCCUCCAGAGGUACCCGCUUCAGGCCUCUGUCUCUGGAUGUUCCCAAGCCUCUCUUUGAAGUCGCCGGUCACCCCAUCAUCUACCAUUGCCUCAAAUCGCUCGCCAAGAUUGACGAUAUCCGGGAAGUCAUUCUGAUCGGCUACUACGACGAAUCCGUCUUUCGCGAUUUCAUCAAAGACUCGUCCAAAGAGUUCCCUCAGUUCCGUGUUCAGUAUCUCCGGGAAUACACUGCCUUGGGCACAGCAGGAGGUCUCUACCAUUUCCGUGAUGCCAUUCUCAAGGGCAAACCGGAGCGCAUCUUUGUGCUGAACGCCGAUGUCUGCUGUUCUUUCCCCCUGGGCGAGAUGCUGAAGCUGUUUGAAGAGAAGGACGCAGAGGCGGUCAUCCUGGGUACUCGGGUCAACAACGACGCCGCGACCAACUUCGGUUGCAUUGUGUCUGACUCACACACGAAGCGAGUGCUUCAUUACGUCGAGAAGCCCGAGUCGCACAUCUCCAAUCUCAUCAACUGCGGUGUCUACCUCUUCGCCACCGAAUGUAUCUUCCCCUCCAUUCGCAGCACCAUCAAGCGUCGCACCACCCGGCCCCGACUGCUCUCCUACCCAUCCUCCGAACACCUGGAGACCUCCUUCGUUGCCGCCGAUGAAGACUCGGAGCAGAACGAAGUCCUCCGUCUGGAACAGGACAUCCUGUCCGAUCUGGCCGAUAGCAACCGCUUCUUCGUCCACGAAACGAAAGACUUCUGGCGCCAGAUCAAGACCGCCGGGUCCGCCGUCCCGGCGAAUGCAUUGUACCUGCAGAAGGCCUUCCAGGCCCAGUCCGAUGAACUGACCCCUCCCUCCGCCACCAUUGUACCGCCCGUCUAUAUUCAUCCCUCCGCGAGCGUGGACCCCACCGCGAAGCUGGGCCCCAACGUCUCCAUCGGACCCCGCGCGGUCGUCGGGGCAGGUGCCCGCAUCAAGGAUUCCAUCGUGCUGGAAGACGCCGAGAUCAAGCAUGAUGCAUGCGUCAUGCACUCCAUUAUCGGGUGGAGCAGCCGCGUGGGCGCCUGGGCCCGUGUGGAGGGCACCCCGAUCCCGAUGGCCAGCCACUCGACCAGCAUUGUCAAGCACGGCAUCAAAGUGCAGAGCAUCACUAUCUUGGGUAAGGAGUGUGCGGUUGGCGAUGAGGUCCGCGUACAGAACUGUGUGUGUCUGCCGUACAAGGAGCUGAAGCGGGAUGUUGCGAACGAAGUCAUCAUGUAA